AAUGACUUUUAACGCUUCAGUUGACUGACCAUUGUCCGGAACUGAGAGUCGGUUUUAAUCGAGAAAUUUUUCAUUUAGCCUUUUCACAAAUUUGACGAUGAAAAAAAAAACGACAGAAUACUUAUAAAUAUAAAAUGAAUAAUGGUCGGGGGGAUAAUGUUGGUAGGCAGGCGGCUGGUGGGGAUAGACUGAUUGCAUUUGGAGUUAGUCGACUCGAUACAUCGAGGGCAUCGAGGCUGAGAGGUGCAGUAGUUGAAAGACGCGCCGGACUACCAACUGUGCGCCAUCAACGCAAUCACGGAUUAACAUCAACAACGUCAACAACAGCGUUAACCAGGGCUAAGGCCAAGAGUAUGUGCCUCGCCGAACAAUUAAAACCUUUCAAAAUUGAUAAUGAUAACAAGCAGAUUGUCUUUCAAGAACCUGAACUCUUCUCACAGGGAUUUCCUAUUUUCGAGGAGAUACGAAGACAGGGAAAACUCUGCGAUGUCACGCUCAAGAUCGAAGAUCAGACAUUCAGUGCCCACAGGAUAGUCCUUGCAGCAACGAUACCCUAUUUUCAUGCAAUGUUUUUGACUAAUAUGAUUGAAAGUAAACAAAAGGAUAUCACGAUGCAGGGAUUUGAUGCAGUUGCACUCGAAGCCCUAAUAAAUUUCGCCUACAGUGGAAAAGUCACCUUGAAUAAAGACAAUGUGCAAAGUAUUAUGAUGGGCGCUUCCUUUCUUCAAUUAAACAAAGUCCGUGAUGCAUGUGCUGACGUAUUGAAAUCGCAUUUACAACCACACAAUGCUCUGGGGAUUUGCAGCUUUGCAGACAGACUGAGCUGUCCAGCCCUAGUGAAGGAAGCCACUAAAUACAUUCAUCAGUACUUUCAUCACGUCUCCUUGUCUGAGGAAUUUUUAACUUUACCACUGAACGAGUUAAGGGAGCUCAUUUGCAAGGAUGAGUUGUAUGUCGUAUCCGAGGCACAGGUAUUCGAGGCUGUUCUCAGGUGGGUCAAGCACAAGGAAGAGAGAAUUGAAUAUUUACCCAAGCUAUUAAUUCUGGUGAGACUGCCACUUUUGAGUCCUGAGUAUUUGGUGGAUCAUGUGGCUAAAGAGGAAUUGAUCAAACGCUCACAUGAGUGCAGAGAUCUUCUCGACGAUGCCAAGGAUUGUCACUUGAUGCCCGAGCGUAAGCACCUCCUGGAGAGCUUUCGAUUUCGUCCUCGUCUCUGCAACGAUCUCGUCGGUGACAUCUUUGCUGUUGGUGGUCUCACCAAAUACGGCAAUUCUUUGAGCACAGUCGAAGUGUACGAUCCAUUCAAGUGCACCUGGAGGCGAUCAGAAGCCAUGACAAUGGACCGCAGCAGAGUCGGAGUGGCGGUGCAUCAAAACAAACUCUACGCAUUUGGUGGGUACAAUGGCCUCGAGAGACUCGCCACAGUAGAGGUUUAUCAUCCAGCCUUAAGAAGCUGGAAGAUUAUCUCUCCAAUGCACUACAAAAGAAGUGCAGUCGGAACAACUGCACUCCUCGAUUAUCUAUACGUGUGUGGGGGUUACGACGGAGUUAUAUCUCUCAACAUCGUCGAGAGAUAUUGUCCAGCCACUGACAAGUGGCAGAUUCUUCGCCCCAUGAACAAGCAUCGCUCUGCUGGCGGAGUUAUUGCCUUCGAGGGUUACAUUUAUGCUCUAGGGGGUCACGAUGGUCUAUCAAUUUUUGAUUCAGUGGAACGUUAUGAUCCUCAGACUGGAAUUUGGACGACAGUCAAACCCAUGCUAACGAGAAGAUGUCGACUCGGAGUGGCUACUCUCUAUGGCAAAUUAUAUGCUUGUGGAGGCUACGAUGGCUCAACUUUUUUGCAAACAGUUGAGGUUUACGACCCCCAGAAGGACACUUGGGAAUUUGUUGCCCCAAUGAACAUGAUGAGAAGUCGAGCAGCUUUGGUAGCCAACAUGGGCAAACUUUGGGCUAUCGGGGGCUACGACGGUAUCUCCAAUCUCUCAGCUGUUGAGGUCUACGAUCCACGAAGUAACACCUGGUCCUUUGCUGCUCCCAUGUGUGCCCACGAGGGAGGAGUUGGUGUCGGAGUCAUUCCAAAUCCUUAUUGCUAAAUCAAUUUUUCAUUCAUUUUUAUAAAUUAUUUUUUUUAUCAUAUUUAAUAGCAUGUCUUGCGUCAAUCUUGCCUUCCAAAUUAAAUCUCACCUGUGAAAUGAACAAUUAACCACUUCGUGAAUCGUUAUGUGAAAUUUUUAUUUAAGAUCAUCGAAUCAUCGCAAGUGUCCCGAAGAAAAUAACGUGAUCUCAUUUCGUACUGUUUUUAUUUAUACAUACUUUAGACUAGUUUAAUAUGUGAAGAAGAAAUGAGGGCGACAAAUAGAAUGAUGAUGAUUGAAAUUAA